AAUGCAAUGAUAUGAGUGUUACACAACACAAGUCUCUUCUCUUCAUUUCUUCAUUUCAUUUUUCCACAUAUCGCAUUUUUCUUUUACCCCAAAAGCCCACUUUUUUCCACACCUCUCUCUUUCUCCAUUAUUCGGACAAAAGCUAUCUCUUUUAUUCUCUCUCUCUCUCUCUCUCUCUCUCUCUCUCUCUCUCUUUCUCUGUCUCUGUCUGUCUCCGCCGCUUGAUUCCGUUCAUCAUGGAGAGCCUCCCGCUCGAGACGGCGGAGAAGAUCAUUCUGCGGUGGGAUUCCACGGCGUCGGAGGAUGCCAGGGACAAGAUGAUAUUCUCCGGCGACCGGGACGAGGCGGAUCUCUACCUGCAGGCGGUGGACGAAAUCCAGAGGUCCCUCUCCUCCGUUUCGGUGUCGGAGAAAGUCAACUCGGCCAUCCAGAUCGCCAUGGCCCGCUUAGAAGACGAGUUCCGGAACAUCCUCAUCUCCCACACCAACCCCUUCGACCCCACCACAGAAGACGAAGCCUCACAAACCCUUGACCCUCCUUCUUCUUCAUCCUCUCCCAAACACCCUGACAACGACGAAAGCGACGAAGUUACCCAAACUUCUCUCCUCCGUUUCAACAGCGACGGCGCUGCUUCCUCCGUCACGGGAAGCUACCGCUCAACCAGCAGCAUCCGCGAGAUCGAUCUCAUCCCCUCCGACGCCGUCUACGACCUCCGCUGCAUCGCCGAACGCAUGGUCUCCUCCGGCUACUUGCGCGAGUGCAUCCAGGUGUACGGCAGCGUCAGGAAAUCCUCCGUCGACGCCAGCUUCCGCAAGCUCGGAAUCGAGAAGCUCAGCAUCGGCGACGUGCAGCGCCUCCAGUGGGAGCAGCUCGAGAACAAAAUCAGACGCUGGAUACGAGCCGCGAAAGUCUGCGUCAGGACGCUCUUUGCCAGUGAGAAGAAGCUCUGCGAGCAAAUCUUCGAUGGAGUUGGAACCUCCAUCGAUGACGCUUGCUUCAUGGAGACUGUCAAGGGCCCGGCGAUUCAGCUCUUCAACUUCGCCGAGGCGAUUAGUAUUAGCCGGAGGUCACCGGAGAAGUUGUUCAAGAUUCUGGAUUUGCACGAUGCGUUGACGGAGUUGAUGCCGGAUAUUGAUGUCGUGUUUGAUUCCAAGUCCUCGGAGACGAUUAGGGUUCAGGCAGCGGAGAUUUUGUCGAGGUUGGGGGAGGCUGCGAGGGGGAUUUUGUCGGAGUUUGAGAACGCUGUGCUCAAGGAACCCUCUAGGGUUCCUGUUCCCGGUGGGACGAUUCACCCUUUGACUCGGUAUGUGAUGAACUACAUAAGUUUGAUCUCCGAUUACAAGGUUACUCUGAACGAGCUUAUAGUGUCUAAGCCCUCCACGGGGUCUAGGUAUUCGGGUGAUCCUGGGAUACCCGAUUUGGAUUUGAGUGAGUUUGAGGAGAAGACCCCUUUGGAUGUGCACUUGAUUUGGAUUAUUGUGAUAUUACAAUUCAACUUGGAUGGGAAGAGUAAGCACUACAAGGACGCGUCUUUGGCUCAUUUGUUUGUGAUGAACAAUGUGCACUACAUUGUGCAGAAGGUGAGGGGUAGUCCAGAGUUGAGGGAGAUGAUCGGGGAUGACUAUUUGAAGAAGCUCACCGGAAAGUUCAGGCAGGCAGCGACGAGCUACCAGAGAGCAACGUGGGUGAGGGUGUUGUAUUGUUUGAGGGAUGAGGGGUUGCAUGUGAGUGGAGGGUUUUCUUCUGGGGUGUCCAAGAGUGCUCUCAGGGAGAGGUUUAAGGCUUUUAACGCCAUGUUUGAAGAGGUUCACAGGACUCAGGCGGUGUGGUUGAUACCGGAUUCGCAACUAAGGGAGGAGCUGAGGAUAUCGAUAUCGGAGAAGCUGAUUCCGGCGUAUAGGUCGUUUCUUGGAAGGUUCAGGAGCCACAUAGAGAGUGGUAGGCAUCCGGAGAAUUACAUAAAGUACUCUGUUGAGGACCUGGAAGAUGCUGUUUUGGACUUUUUUGAAGGUGUUCCUGUUUCCCAGCACUUGAGGAGGAGAUCUGAAUGAUGGAAUGGACUAGUGAAGUGCAGUGAAGUGAAGUGAAGAAGUGAAAUGGAGUUUUGCAACUUAGAAGCUAGGACAUAUUCUUUUAAUUUUUUCCCUGGAGCGUUCAGGUAAUUGAGUGCUGGCCAAUCUGAGGUUGCUCAAGCUCUCUCUCUCUCGGGUGGGUGCUCCAACAAGAUUUACAACCAUGAUCCACGGUUAUCGGGAAAGAAAGAUUAGGAUUCACUAAUCUGGUGUUGAAGAUUGGUGUGGCUUGUGAAAAGCCAUGUAGCUACCUCACCACCCUGAAUGCUGCUGCCUGUAAGCACGUUAUUUGAUUUCUCACCACAUUCUAGAUUUUGUUUCAUUUGUUUAUAUUGGAAUUUGUUGUACGUGUGUUUUUCUUUUUUUUCUAUUUAUUCUCUCUAAGGUCGAAAAAGGGCGGUUUCUUUUGUAGCUUCAAAUGACUUCUAUACAAUGUGAUAGUUUUGCACUA